AUGGAGGAUCUAGGUGAGCUGAGAUAUUUCCUUGGAAUAGAGUUUGCAAGGUUUCACAAAGGAAUAUUAAUGCAUAAGAGAAAUUAUGCAUUGGAAUUACUAUCUGAACUAGGCUUAACAGCAUCCACUGCUGCAACUACUCCUAUGGACUACAACAUCCAGCUGACAUCUAGACAGUUUAAUGAGCAUGUCAAGAAAAACCAGACUACUAAUGAUCUAAUAGAAAAUCAAGUUGCUUAUAAAAAGUUGGUUGGUAAGAUGUUGUACUUAACUAUGACAAGGCCAUACAUAGACUUUUGUGCUCAAACACUAUGUCAAUUCCUUCAAGAUCCUAAGAAGUCACACAUGGAAGUAGAACUCAGAGUGGUAAAGUAUGUUAAAGGUCAACCAGUUAAGGGUGUAUUAUUGUCUAGUAACUCAGGUAAUAGAGUGAGUGCCUACUGUAAUGCAGAUUGGGCAUCUUGUCCUCAAACUGGAAGAUCUGUGACUGGUUAUUUUGUGAAGAUUGGAGAAUUAGUAGCAUUCUAG